AUGAAUUCUCAAAUAAUUGAUUUAUAAGCAUAAGAAACAUAAAAUCAAUACUAAAAUAUUAUUAAUGAAGUUAUUGGUAAGUUAAAGAAAAUUUCUGAUAAAGGACAAUUAUAAAUGAGUGAAUCAGAUAUCUAAACUUUUAAAGAUGUAAAAAUAGAUAAAAUAAAAAUAUUUUUAGUUUUGGUAAAAUAGUUUGAAAGCAAUUCAAGAAGGCAAAGAAAAUAGAAUUAAAACAAAUAUUUCGCAUCAAAUAAAAUAAAAUAAUGAAAGCACUAUAGAAUAGGAACCUUCUAUAGUUAAGAAAAUAAAAACUAAUGUAGAUACUUAAAUCAUAAAAAAAGUUUGUAUUUUUACAAUCGUUUUAUGUUAGGAAGAAGAUGAUGAUGCAAAUAGCGUUUAACAUGAUAAUGAAAAUUAAUUAGAUCUUAGUGAUGAUUCAAAUGAUGAAACAAGUUAUAAGGAAAAAAAUUUUGAUGAAAAGAAACUUCAAGAAUCGUAAUAGAAAUAUAUGGAUUAUAAAAAUAACAAAAAUGAAAGUAUGAGAGAGAAAACUUUGUUUGAUAAAAUUAGAGAACUUGAUCAAUUAAAAAAUCUAGUUAAAGUUGAAGAAUAAGAUGAUGAUGAUACAGAAGAACCAAAAGUCUUUGAUACAUAAUUCUAUGCUUAAAAAAUUAACACUGAAAAUGUAGUUAGUCGUAUCAGAGUAUUCUUACAACCAUAUAUAGCCUAAUAAAUCUUAAAAAAUGAGUUUAGAGAAUGUUCUUAUUAAGAAUAAAUACAAUAAGGACUCACUCUAUCCUUAAGCUUAAUUGUAAUUUAAUUUUAGAACUAGUAAGAAAAAAACUUCUUAAUGA